UGCUUGCGCCAGCUCAUGGGUGACUCGAGAAGAAACGGGUCCCUCCUUUGAUUGGCCACAAAAGCGCUACGUGGACAUCGAGCAGCAACAGGUAGAGCGCGUGACCGUUAUCAUUUCAUUCUGACUGCGGCUGUCAGGACGACAACAGCGCUUCACGUCAGCUAAUUAUCGCUCUCCGCAAGGCUCUUAUCGCGCAAACAUCUUCUCGAGUUUGGUGGAAAUCUAUUUCGAGGGCCUACACCAGGGUGUGGGUGAGUCAAGUAUGAAGUCCAAAGGAAAGGGGUCAAAGCGGGGCAGACAGUCUUGGGCAGAGCAGGACGACCCAGACUUUACGCUGGAAACCGAGCCAGGUUCCAGCGAGCAGGAGGGUUCAGAGGCGUCCGUGAGGCUGGGUGGGACGUGGAGAACACUGAGGGGCGAGGGGCAUGGUCGUACCCGAGUGGGCGCGCGUCGCAGGCGCCAGCACGGCAACGCUAAGGAACGCAACGUCCGCAGGCUGGAGAGUAAUGAGAGAGAGAGGCAGAGGAUGCACAAACUCAACAACGCCUUUCAGGCCCUACGGGAGGCCAUUCCUCAUGUCAAAACAGACAAGAAACUUUCCAAGAUUGAGACUCUCACGCUGGCCAAGAAUUACAUCAAGGCCUUAACCACCAUCAUCCUAGGCAUGUCGAAUGCCUGCCUGCCUCACGCAGAAAGUCACAUGGAGACUAAUGCCUCCCGGCUCCUGCAGUGCUAUCAGCAGCAUCUACAGGAGGAGGGAGAGGAAGACCUGUCCAACUACCUGAGCCACAUUCACAGCUUCAGCCAGGGCAGCUAACACACACUGCCACAUAACAGACUCAGUGAGCACUAAAUGACAAGUGUAAAUAUGUGCAUGUUACAUUCAUGAUGAAUACCAGCUCCUAAAACAAACAAAAAGGUCCGUUCGAGUUUACAAGUUAAAGCUGGUCCAUAAAUAAGGCUCAUUUAUGUACAGAAUAUGCACAGUUUAUGUAACAACAUGUUGCCCACAAACAAUGUGGAUGUUAUUUGACAUCAUCUAGCUAAAUUGUUAGCCAGUGACUUUUUGGAUUAUGAAGGGACACAAUCUACUGGUUCUUAAUGUAGUUAACCCAAAAAAUGUCACAAAAGAAGAUGCUCAUUGUGAAAGUUAAUGGGGUCCAUAACUACACCGGACCCCCUGACUUUCAUUGUUUGGACGAUAAAUAUCAUCUUUUGUGUUCUGCAAAAUAGUCAUAGAACUCUUACAGCUUCAUACAGUCAUAAAGCUUUGGAACAUUUUUGGGUGAACUAUCCUUUUAAUAGGGUAAGCAUUUAAAACAAAUGCAAAGCUGUGGAACAGAUUUCAUAUUUAUUGAGGACACGAACCAUGCACAUAUGACACUGAGAGGAUUUUACUGUACUCAAAUAAUGACUCCACUGUCCUUACCCUGUUAUCUGUCUACAUUUAAUAAUUUAAAACUAUAUUAUCUUUUUUUUUUUUCUCUCAUGCCUGCAUAUAAUUUCUUUAUAUGUACAGAAGCAACCUUAAAUAAUGCCCAUAAAGGAUGUCACAAUGCCAUUUCA